AUGCCGCGUGUGUCUGCUGUUGUGAGUCGGAGUCUAUUUCCAGCCUCUGUUAUCAAAGGAGGCGCGGCAGCGUCACACAAUGUUUGCACGGUAUCUGCUGCCAGAAACCUCCUGGAGGUGUUUGUGGAUGGGAAACCUGUCAUGGUGGAGCCAGGAACCACUGUGCUGCAGGCAUGUGAGAAGGCAGGAAUGCAGAUUCCCCGCUUCUGUUACCAUGAACGUUUGUCAGUCGCUGGGAACUGUCGCAUGUGUCCUGUGGAGAUAGAAAAAGUUCCAAAGCCAGUGGCAGCUUGUGCCAUGCCUGUCAUGAGAGGCUGGAAUAUUCUCACAAAUUCUGACAAAACAAGAAAAGCCAGAGAGGGUGUGAUGGAGUUCCUGUUGGCUAGCCAUCCUUUGGAUUGUCCAAUUUGUGAUCAAGGAGGUGAAUGUGACCUACAGGAUCAGUCCAUGCAGUUCGGGAGUGACAGGAGUCGCUUCACUGAAGGCAAAAGAGCCGUGGAGGACAAAAACAUCGGCCCUCUUAUCAAAACCAUUAUGACUCGCUGCAUCCAGUGCACUCGCUGUGUGCGAUUUGCCUGCGAGUUUGCUGGUGUGGAGGACCUUGGCACCACCGGAAGAGGGAACGACCUACAGAUUGGGACUUAUGUGGAGAAGAUGUUCAUGUCAGAGUUGUCUGGGAAUGUGAUUGAUAUAUGCCCAGUAGGAGCCCUGACAUCUAAACCUUACGCUUUCACCGCUCGCCCUUGGGAGACCAGGUUUUUACAAUGUUCUUUACGUACUGAAUCCAUUGACGUUCUGGAUGCAGUGGGCAGUAACAUUGUUGUGAGCACACGUGGAGGGGAGGUGAUGAGGAUUUAGCCUCGUCUCCAUGAGGACAUUAACGAGCAGUGGAUCUCAGACAAAACCAGGUUUGCUUAUGAUGGCCUUAAGAGACAGAGGCUCACUCAGCCGUUGGUGAAAAACGAGUCUGGGCAGUUGGUUCCGACGUCCUGGGAAGACGCGCUGACCCGAGUGGCUGGAACUUUGCAAGGGGCUAAAGGAAGUAGUGUUGCUGCUGUUGUUGGAGGCUUGGUGGACGCAGAGGCUCUUGUUUCUCUCAAAGAUUUGCUGAACCGUUUGAAUUGUGAUAAUCUUUGCACUGAGGAGAAGUUUCCCACGACCGGGGCUGGCUCUGACCUGCGUUCUAACCAUCUACUGAACACGGGCAUUGCUGGCAUUGUAGAGGCGGAUGUGCUGCUGCUGGUGGGCACCAACCCGCGUUAUGAAGCUCCUCUGUUCAACGCACGAAUCAGGAAAAGCUGGCAGCACAGUGAGUUGCAUGUUGCUUUAGUGGGAAAGGAAGUGGAGCUAAGUUACACGUACGACCAUCUCGGGGAUUCUGCCAAAGUCCUGCAACAAAUCGCUUCAGGAGUCCAUCCAUUCACUGAUGUUUUUGCUGCGGCGAAGCGGCCUGUUGUUGUUGUUGGCAGCAGCUGCCUGCAGAGCGAGGAUGGAGCAGUGAUAAUGGCCGCUGCAUCAACUAUUGCUCAACAUGCUCGUGUCAGCAGUGGAGCGAUGGAAAUUUGGAAGGUUUUUAAUGUGCUGCAUAGGGCUGCAAGUCAAGUGGCAGCACUUGAUCUUGGGUACAAACCAGGAGUGGAGACCAUCAGAAAGAACCCACCUAACGUCCUGUUCCUGCUGGGAGCUGAUGAUGGAUGUAUUACUCGUCCAGACCUACCUGAUAGUUUAUAUAUUUACUCAGGUCACCAUGGCGAUGUGGGCGCAUCCAUGGCCGACAUAAUACUCCCUGGAGCUGCAUAUACAGAAAAAUGUGCGUUGGCCAGGGAGGACUGGAGGAUCAUUAGAGCCAUAUCUGAGCUUGCUGGAGUAACUCUGCCUUAUGAAAGCCUCAAUGAAGUGCGUGGCAGACAAGCUGAGGUUUCACCCAAUCUUGUUCGCUAUGAUGAAAUCGAGGAGGCUAACUACUUUAAGCAGGCUAAUGAACUGUUUAAGGCAGUGAAGCAGGCUUACCUAACUCCACCUUUAGUUCCUCCACAGCUCACUGCCAAAGACUUUUAUAUGACAGAUCCGAUAAGCAGAGCCUCCCAGACCAUGGCAAAGUGGAAAGCGGUCACAGAGGGAGCACAGGCCGUGGAGGAGCCAGGCAUAUGCUAAAGCACAAAGGAUUACUAUUAGUUUUAUUUUGAAAAAUGAUACGCACAACUCCUACAUUUGCACAUUCCUAGGUGGAUAUUUAAUUCACUUGUGUUCAAUCACAACUAGAGUUCUAUAGUGGAAACUGCUUUUAAAAAUAAUCAUAAUAUAAGAAGCACUUUUUAAAUCUGUGACCAAAGAUAAUAAAAGUCUUGUAAAAUAAGUUGUUUUUAGGAUCAGAGUAUAUUUUAUACAUGUUGUAAUGAAUAUUUAAGUGCAUAUUUUGUAAUAGUUAUAAACAUUAAUAAACUAAAUUGUACUAAGCCCAA